UUGGUGUCAGCUUCCCUCUCCUCCGAUGAACGCCUCCACUGCAUCGUGAGUUGUUCUUCACCGUUUUUGGACUAAAUUAUCUGUCAUGACUGGAUCUCAACUUGGAUUCUAUCACAUCAGAACAGAGCAUGCAGCCCAGCGUACGACAUACAUCAAAAAGCCACCAAAUGCUUUUAUGCUGUACCUUAAAGAGCUGAGGCCGGUUGUGGAAGCUGAAAUUGGAGACAGAAACAGCGCGCUUGUGAAUGCCGAGGUGGCAAGGAGGUGGAAGUUAUUACCAGCGGAAUUGAAGGAGAAAUAUUACCUGGAGGCCAAGAUUGAACAAAAGAUCCAUGAACAGCAACACCCCGAUUGGUCAUACAAGACUAACUACGGAAAAAAGGCAAAAAGAGUUUGCAGAGCUAAACAAGCUGCACCGGUUACCUCUUCUCAAGAACAAGAGGCUUUCCGCACUUACUACCAGCUGUGAAGGAGCCACAACAGCUGCUCCACAGUGGAAACCCAGCCAUGCAACAUACAAACCUCACACAGAAAAGUCCCCGAUCAAACUUCAACAGUGAGACUGCUAAUCGCCAAACCACUGGCAGGGAAAAUGGGUUCAUGUAAUCAUUAA